GCCGACUCCAUGACUUUAGUAGACGAUGGCUGAGACCAGAAAAGCACACCAAAGCCCAGAUGCUGGACCUGGUGGUUCUGGAGCAGUUCCUGGCUCUUCUGCCCCCAGAGAUGGAGAGCUGGGUACGGGAGUGUGGAGCAGAGACCAGCUCCCAAGCAGUGGCCCUGGUGGAAGGCUUCCUCCUCAGCCAGCCGGAGGAGCAGGUCGAGUUAAAGGGCUGCACUGUGGGGAUCAGAGAUCCUGAGGGAAAGAAGAAUCCAUCAAAUCCCCCUCAGGAGCUAUUUUUCAGGAGGAUUCCUUGGGAAGAUCAAAGUCAAGACGCCUCAGGAGAGAAACAAAGAAUGAAAUUUUCUGGUUUUUAUGACGGCGAUCAAGCAGCGGUUGAACCUCCAAAUCAAGAGAGUCUUGUGUCGUUCGAGGAGGUGGCUGUGUAUUUCUCUGAGGAGGAAUGGUCUCAGCUGGAUCCUGACCAGAAAGCGCUGCAUUCGGAAGUCAUGCUUGAAAACCAUAGGAACGUGGUCUCUCUGGGUAAUAAUGGGCAGGAGGAUCAAGAUUCCUGUGAACUGUUCCAAGUGAUCAAUGGUAAAGAUGGAAUGGAGACGUUUGGAAUUCGAAUGGAAUUAAAAACCCAUGACAGAAACCAGUCAAAUGAUUGGAAUCAGGAAAGCUCAUCUUCCACCAAUGCUCCAAUGCAAGACUUUCUUGCUGAACAGGAGAAAAUAAGGAAAAAAAUUAUUGGGAAAAGUGUGAAGCGAAUCAAAGCUAAAUUACAAGUAAAAGAACACUCUUUAAGCCAAAACAAAGGAGAAGAUGCCAUAGGAAGACAUAACGGACAAAAUUGCAAUGGGACACUCAUUCCCUCUCUUGGAAAUAAGUCCCUCACAUCUCAAAAAGUAAUUGACAGAAAAAAGAAACCUUACAAAUGUUUGGAAUGUGGAACAUUUUAUAGAACAAGCAGGCAACUUACUUCCCACGAAAGAUUUCACACUGGGGAGAAGGUAUACAAAUGCAGAGAGUCUGGUAAUGGGUUCAGCAGAGUUAGUAAUCUUAUUUCCCAUAAAGGGAUCCAGUCAGGAGAGAAACCGUAUAAAUGCAUGGAGUGUGGAAAGACCUUUGCUCAAAGAGGUAAUCUUAUUCGCCAUAAGAUGAUCCACACAGGGGAGAAGCCAUUCAAAUGCAUGGAGUGUGAAAAGACCUUUGCUCUAAAAGGUAAUCUUAUUCGCCAUAAGACGAUCCACACAGGGGAGAAUCCAUAUAAAUGCAUGGAGUGUGGAAAGACCUUUGCUCAAAGAGGGAAUCUUAUUCACCAUAGGACAAUCCACAAAAGGAAUAUACUGUAUAAAUGCAUGGAAUGUGGAAAGACCUUUGCUUGCAGCAGUAAAUUUACUAUCCACAAUAGAGUCCACACAGGGGAAAAGCCAUUUAAAUGCACAGAGUGUGGAAAGAGCUUUGCUCAAAAAAUUCAACUUAUUUUACAUAAGUUCAUCCACACAGAGAAAAAGCCAUAUAAAUGCAUGGAGUGCGGAAAGACAUUUGCUCGAGGAUAUCAUCUUAAUUGCCAUAAGAGGAUCCACACUGGGGAGAAACCAUAUAAAUGCAUGGAAUGUGGAAAGUCCUUUGCUGACAAGAAAAACCUAAGAAGACACAAAAGGCUCCACACAGGGGAGAAGCCUUAUGAAUGCAUGGAGUGUGGAAAGACCUUUGCUGAAAAAAGUCAUCUUAAUUCCCAUAAGAUAAGCCACACAGGGGAGAAACCAUAUAAAUGCAUGAAUUGUGGAAAGACAUUUUCUCGUAAAUAUGGUCUUACCUGCCAUAACACAAUCCACACAGGAGAGAAGCAAUAUAAAUGCAUGGAAUGUGGAAAGACCUUUUCUCGAAGAGGUAAUCUUAUUCGCCAUAAGAGGAUCCACACAGUGGAGAAGCUGUAUAAAUGCAGGCAAUGUGGAAAAACCUUUGCUUAUAGCAAUGACCUAAGAAUACACAAAGAGAUCCAUACAGGAAAGAAGCAAUUUAAAUGCAUGGAGUGUGGAAAGACCUUUGCUCGAAGAGAUCAUCUUAUUUCCCAUAAUAUGUCCCACACAGGUGAGAAGCCAUAUAAAUGCCAGGAGUGUGGAAAGACUUUUGCGCACAAAAGCACAUUUGCUAUUCACAAAAGGCUCCACACAGGGGAGAAACCUUAUACAUGCAUGGAGUGUGGAAAGACCUUUGCUCUAAGAGGUUAUCUUAUUCGCCAUAAGAUGAUCCACACAGAGGAGAAGCCGUAUGAAUGCAUGGAGUGUGGAAAGACCUUUGCUGUAAGUUGUUACCUUAUUCGCCAUAAGACGAUCCACACAGGGGAGAAGCCGUAUCAAUGCAUGGAGUGUGGAAAGACAUUUGCUCAGAAAGGUAAUCUAUCUUCUCAUAAAAGGAUCCACGCUCUGGCUUAACUAUAUAGCAAUAGCAAUUCCACUUAGACUUCUAUACCAUUCCACAAUGCUUUAAAGCACUUUGCACAGUUUACAAAAUCAGCAUAUGCUCUCCAGCAGUCUGGAUCCUCAUUUUACCCACCACAGAAAGACGAAAGCUGAAUCAACCAUGACCCUGUCAGAAUCAAACUCCUGGCUAUGGACAAUUAGCCUGUAGUACUGCAUUCUAACUACUGACCCACCAUGUCUCUAAAGAUUUUUAUCUGUAUGCAUAUUGUGCCUUUCGGAUCCCAAUGAGACAAGGUUGAAUUCAACAAAAUGAAAUUUAAUGUGGAGAAAAGUAACAUUUUACACAUAGGCAGGAAAAUAUAUAUUACCUGAAACCUGGCUCAAAAAUAGUAACUGUGAAAGUGUCCUUGGAGUCUGAAUGGAUGAUCACUUAAGCAUGAAUCACCUGUGUACAGCAGCAGGCAAAAAAGUGAAUGCAAUCCUUGGUUGUGCAAACAGAGGAAUAGAAUCAAAAUCACAUGAAGUAUUAGUAUCACUUCAUAAAACCUUAGUAGGACAACACUUGGAAUACUGCAUCCAGUUUGGAUUAUCACAUUAACAAAAAAGAUGUUGAAACUUUGGAAAAAGUGCAAUGAAGAGCAUCUAAGCUGAUUAAAGGCCUGAAGACUAAAACAAGAACGGUUACAGGAACUGGGCAUGGCUAGUCUAGUGAAGAG